UAUUCCUUUAUCUAAUGUAACCAUGUGGAAGCGCUUACAGUUUUAGAGCCCGGUAAGGAGAGUAUCUCAGGUAUUGUGUAUGUUUGUCUCUUUCAAUCUCUCUCUCUUCAGUGUCCUCUUUCAAUAUCCUGGUCUAAGUUCUCAUUCCCCUCCCUUGAGGCUUUAUACUCCUCCGUGUAGAAGGAGACAUUUCCUUUCUUCCACUUUUUGGAUCUUGCAAAUUUCAGUAUCUUAGGCUUGACCAGAGUUUGGGAACUGCAGAGAGAAAGGUAGAGACUAGUGCAGGAGCAAUGGGGACACAUUAAAUCUGAUUGUUUUCCCCAAACAAGCAUAGUGACUUCAUUUCCUCACCAUUCCCUAAGAAAAAUGUACACCACUCCCACAUGAGCAUUAAUUUUACUCAGUGACAACCCAGUCUCUCUCAGAUAUUUUUCCCCCAGCAUUUUUUCUUGAUUUCUUUCUGAAUCCAGCUUGCAAGCAUCAUGACAUUAGCCGGCACUAUGUUAGUCAGCAAUUCCAAAUAUCUUUCCUAAAAAAAUUGGGGGUGGGGGUGGGAGUGCCUGAAUAGGUCUCAGUUCCUGCUACAAUAGACCUUCCAUAAAUGUUUGUUGAAUUAAAUAUAAUGGACUUUCCUCUAUGUGUUGGGAACUCACGGAUGGUCUUCCAAUGGCGAUUAAGUUUCCAUCCUGUGGCAAUACAAGAUUUAAUUGCUCUAAGUAAGUAAACUUACAUAUUUCAAAAAUAGAGACGUCAUACUUCCUAAUGGAAAUAAUCUUGGAUGAAAGAAACGCACAAUGGCUCUUCAAAUUUAAGUCGUUAUUGUUCAUAAUACGACAUUACUUUAAAGCCCAUUUAAGUGCUCCGCGCAUCAACUGAUGCAGACAGAAUACUGCUGUCUGGAACGGUACCAAUUUUGUCAUUUUUGAAAGGGAGUGAAGAGACGGGCGGGUUGGCUCAGUCUGUAGAACCUGCGGCUCUUGAUCUCAGGAUGGGGAGAUCGAGCCCCACGCUGGGUACACAGAUUACUUUAAAAAAUUAAAUCUUAAAAAAAUAAACAAAAGGGAGUAAAGACAGCGUCAGCCUUCCAAAGAAAAAAUUCUAAUACGACCCUCAGGCCCUACCCUAUAUGCAAAGGGGCUCAGUGCACGCCCGUCCAGGUUUAGGUGAGGGGCAGCGAACCACAUUUCCCAGCGGGCCCUGCAGGUCUCCCGCGCCUGCGCACUGGCCGCCUAGGCAGGUAGGCAGAACUCCCGCGCUAUCCAGCCGCCGGGUCUCGUCUUCCCCGGUCUCUGCCCCCGGCAUGGAGAGGGUCUCGGUGGCCGCAGGGAGCGCGGGCGUCGACAAGGCCGAGGGAGCUGCAGCCAUGCGGCCGCCGCCUGCUGUCUCCCCGCCUGCUCUCACCCCGGCACCCGCAGCGGGUGAGGAGGGCCCGCCGCCUUUGCCCGAGGCGGGGGCUCCAGGCUGCUCGGGCUCCCGGCCCCCAGAGUUGGAGCCCGAGCGCAGCCUGGGCCGCAUGAGGGGCCGCUUCGAGGACGAGGACGAUGAGUUGGAAGAGGAUGAGGAGCUGGAGGAGGAGGAGGAGGAGGAGGAGGAAGAGAUGAGCCACUUCUCGCUGAGGCUGGAGGGGGGUCGGCCGGACUCAGAGGACGAGGAGGAGCGCCUGAUUAAUCUCUCUGAGCUGACACCAUACAUCUUGUGUUCCAUUUGCAAAGGUUACUUAAUAGAUGCAACUACCAUUACAGAAUGUCUUCAUACGUUUUGUAAAAGCUGCAUUGUAAGACAUUUUUACUAUAGCAACAGAUGUCCAAAAUGCAACAUAGUAGUACAUCAGACACAACCUCUUUAUAACAUAAGGUUGGACCGACAAUUACAAGACAUAGUGUACAAAUUAGUGAUCAAUCUAGAGGAAAGAGAAAAAAAGCAAAUGCAUGAUUUCUAUAAAGAAAGAGGUCUAGAAGUACCUAAACCUGCUGUUCCACAGCCAGUCCCUUCAAGCAAAGGAAGAUCUAAGAAAGUCUUAGAAUCCGUGUUUCGUAUUCCACCUGAACUUGAUAUGUCUUUAUUACUAGAGUUCAUUGGUGCUAAUGAAGGCACGGGACAUUUUAAGCCCUUGGAGAAGAAGUUUGUCCGAGUUUCAGGAGAAGCAACUAUUGGGCAUGUAGAAAAAUUCCUCAGAAGAAAAAUGGGUCUUGAUCCAGCUUGUCAGGUAGAUAUCAUCUGUGGUGAUCACUUGUUGGAGCAGUAUCAGACUCUAAGGGAAAUUCGACGUGCAAUUGGUGAUGCAGCUAUGCAGGAUGGUCUGCUGGUCCUUCAUUAUGGUCUUGUAGUUUCUCCCUUAAAAAUUACUUGAAGAUUCUAGCAGCAUUAGGAGGAAGGAAACAAAAUAAGGAGGCUUCUGCAGGAUUGCAUUUCACCAAAGAUUUCCACAGAACAUGUAAUUGCGACCACUUUGUGCUGUUGGAGACAUAACUUACUUAUUUUCAGCACCAAGGUUCAUAGCAUUUAUAAGUACAAUUUGGAAUGACAGAAUGCAUCUGUUUUACUAGAGACUAUAUAUAAAAAAGCAUCCAUAGCUCAGGGGGAAAUUUUCAAAGCAUUAAAUUUUUAAAUUCAUUGUGAUUUCAAAUACUUUGAUGUUGAUUUUGCUUCCUAAUCUUUGAGGUAAAUCGGUUACUGUUUUCUUCUUUGUUGAGCCAUAUUCCUUUCAAGUUGGUGGUUAGGAUUCUGCCCUCUGGAAUGGUAUCGGUUGGAUGGAUGGACGGUCAUCCUUUCGUACUGAAGACUCAAAGCCAGUCUUUGCUGAACUACAGAGUUUACCUCUCAGACAAAGACCAAAACUGUUGACCACUUUUGUAUGUUACCAUCAUAUUUUGAACUUGUAUCUCAUUUACCAGCAAUACUACUACAGAGAUGAUAUGUACUUCUAAAAGGGAUGAAUUAUCAUUCUGUGUGAAGAGACUAUCUCCUGCAAGGUUUAUUACCAUAAGCCUUCAGUGUGCUAGAGACUUCUUUAACAGAUCUUACAACAAGGGGUGCCUCUUUGAAACAUUAUUUUUAUUCUUUGAAUGUUAACUUGAUUAACAUUCAUUUUAUUUGAGUACAUAGUUUGGUUGUCAAUACCUUGUAAUACCACUGCUUCUGAAAGUAAUAAACUUGAGUGAAUUUGCAAGUUUACAGAAUACUUAUUCAUUGUUUCCUCAGUCAAUUUAAUGUUCAUUUUCCCAUUACUUUGUCACUGGGAUAAAAAAUACGGGUGCUUGAGAGUUCACUCACAUGCAAAGAUUUCAGUUUUAAAUGUUAUUUUGCCUAAAACUAGCAUUGUGAUGCUUUCUAAAAAAUAUAUUUUAUAGACCCUAUUUCACUAUAAAAUUUCCAAGUCUGCACAGAAACAAUUACAAAUGAAUAAGGUUUGGCAAUUGUUUUGUAAAGAAUUUGUGAAUUGUAUAUAAAUCUCUUCUAACAUUUAAUAAAAAUUUUUAAUAAAAAUUUAUUUUAACCUA